AGGUUAGGGUUGUUUACGCUUUUUAAUCAUUAUUGUCUGAAAAUAUUGGAUUUGUUAUUAUCGGUUUGUAAUGGGGCCGCCCAGUGUUUAAAAACUCGUGUACAAGCGAAUUCAGCACGUAAAUUAGUGAGUUUCGCGUUGGAAUGCAGUAAUAAGGAUAUUAUUAAUUAAUCAAGUUUUAAUGAUGGAUCCUGCAUCCCAGAGAUGCAAACACUACAAGGACCUAAAAUUGCACAUCCAAAAGCAUUUGGAUGAUAAAGUGUGCAUUGAUGUGGGGUUUUUUAACAUGCAUUUGAGUGUAGUGAGGAAAAACUUAAUUGAUGAACCAGGCAGUGCAGUUGCUGAUGCAGCAUUGGAUUUCCUGGAACACUGCUUGAAAAUAUCGAAUGAUGAUAAUUUAAAUUCCGUUUUAAAGGAGUUUGUUAUAAAAAAUGAUCCUGGUUUGCAGCAAGGAUUAAAUCAGGCUAUAAGGCGAAGCAUUUUGAAGGCAAUUGAAAAUAAUGGUUUCAAUAUACAGGAUUCGGUGGUCAUAUGGAAAAAUUACAAUUUAGAACUGUUUGAAAAUGCUUUUGAUAAGUUGUGCAGAGAGGAUUUAACACGAGGAAAAUGCAAAAAAUUGUUUAUGAAUUUUAUAAUACCAUCCAUAAUGAAUAUGGAUAUUGAGAAUGAUAUAAGAAAUAUUUUGAUUAAUAUUUCGUUCACCAUACUCCCGUUGGCGAUUAUCUGCGAUUUAACAGAUGAAGAGUUCGAAAUUUUUUCGGCAUCGGUCUCUAAAACCUACAUAAAGGCGAUUCUGGACCUGCGCGACAAGGAGUACGAAAACUGGCACAAACUGUGGGUGAUAAUAAUCCGCUUCUGCAACAAAAGAUUGCACCACUCGAUGGCUCUGACGAACAUACUGCUGCGGGUGGUGGAGUACGCGUUUCGCAACCACUCUUGCAGCCAGAGGCUGCGCGGCUACGACUGCUGGAUCGAGCUGAUAAACAACGCGAGCCUUAGCCCCGCCUACCUGUCCAGCCCGAAGCAGCUGAAGCUGCUGAUGACGCCGCUGAAGGCGAAGUUCUCCAAGCAGGAGGAGGUGAUCGUCAAACGCUUCGAGGUGUUCGUUUAUCUCUUGGAGAAGCUGCGCGACAAAGCUGCGCUGUGCUUCACUGAGUUCAUGGAGUUUUGUUUCGGGCCGGUGGGCGCCAACUCGGAUCCGAACAAGAACGGCCAGGGGAUCAAGGUGCAAGUGUUGUGGGAGAAGAUUGUCACUGUGCUUUUGGAGAUGCUAGGGCACACUGACAAUUGUAUGCAAAAACAAUUCAACUUUGACCCGUUAGUGGUGAAUAGUGAAAAUAUCGCUCAAUUAGGCACCGCCGUAAUCAAAUCCGUAGCCGAAUGCUGCUCUCUAUUGAAUUCGUCGCAGUUCGAAAAUCGGGAUCAGAACAUCAAGUGCUUAUGGGAGAGCCUACUGAAUUUGUUGAAUAAAAGCAGUGAUAAUGUAAGAAGCAAAUGCUUGGAAACUAUUUGUUUGGUUUUGAAUGGGGUUUCUAAGGAUGCAUCAGGUGAUAAAGUAAUUAUAACAAACGUAUUUUAUGCCGUUAUAGCACAAGAUUUUAAAAUGAACAGUCUUACUUUUAAAAAUACGUCAAAUAUUUUAGUUCCUAUAAUAUUCUCAAAAAAUGCCAACAGAAACUAUGACUCAAAAACGUUCAAAAGCAUAAUAAACUGCAGCAUGGAGAACGCCAAAAAUUUUAAAUACUAUUUGUCGAUGUUCAAUACAAUCGCACCGAAACAAGACAUAAACCUUUCGUUGGCCUGCGAUUUUUGGGUGACGUUCGCAAAACACAUUUUGUUGAAUAUACACGAUAACGAGGACCAUCAAUAUUCUUCGUACUUAAUGUGGCCCGUGCAGUAUUAUGUGGAAAUUGAUGACGGGAAAAUACAGGAUAUUUACAACAAUUGGAUAAGCGUAUACAAAAAAGUAACCAAAGAUUCAGAUUUGAAUAAGAUUGAAGUCUUGGACAAAUUGGAAGAAUUAUUUAGAUCCAACGCUUCAUAUUUUUUAAACAUUUUAAUUGCAAUGGAAUUUAUUAGCGAAAAUAGCGAUGAUUUUAAGAAGGACUUUGUUACUAGGGUGAUGGAUAUAUUACUAUUGCUAUUUUCCUACGAAGAUUUACAAAGUGAAAGUAGGCAAAAACUAUGCCAAAUUUUCAAAAUGUAUCUAAACCCUCUCCUGACAUUCUACUUUGAAGGCAAAAAUGAAGAAGUGUUCACUAAAAUGUGCAAAUGCCUUGAAAUUAUACUGAAAUCAAAUCAAUAUCAAAUUUUGGAACAUCUCGCGAAUUUUCUGGACAUCGCCCCACAAAACGUUAAAACGGUAUUUUCAAACUCAUUGUCGACAAACUUACUAGACAUAACAACAAAAGAAAAUGCCGUAAGUGAUGCCGAUUUGGGCCACCUUAAAAAUAUAUUAUCACUGCUAAAAAUACAGUGCAGCUUGUUGGAUAAAUUGCCGGCUAAAAAAGAGAAACUUAAUUCGCCUUUAAGAACAAUAAAUGUCAUUGAGAAUGUUCUACUGAAGGGUCCAAGAGUCAUACGAAGUUUAAAGGCAGUAGAGGCCAUGGAAAGUGAAAGUUCGGAAGAAAAAUCUUCCGAAAUUUCGCCAGUUAUCGAUGAUGAUGAAGACGUUGACUCUGAAAUGAAAGAUGCUGGAGAAAUAGUUGAUUUACAGGAUGAAAACGAUGUGCAAUCAAAAGUUAUUUUAAUGGAUGAUAUUUUAAAUAACGAAAGUACGGAAAAUGGUGAAGAAUCCCAUAAUAAUCAAAAUGGUGACCAUAUGGAGACUGACAAUGAUAUAGUGAAUUAUAUAAAUGAUAAAAUAGAUGAGGCUUUAUCUAAUAAUGAGGAACCAAAACCUAUGGACGAUUUCUCGGCUGAAAUGUCGGAAAAUAUGGAAAAUAAACAAACCGAAAACAACAAUGAAUCGAGCGAUACAGCUGAUAAUAUCGUGGAAGAAAAUAAGCCAAACACUUCUGGACAUACAGAAGAUAAUACCCAAAACGGAAAUACUAAUAAAGGUAAAGUAAGCAGGGUUUUGGCGAGAUUAAACAUGGAAACUAUUCUUGAGACUUCCACCAGAACUAGAAAAAGAGAAGAAUCUAAAGAGGAUGCAGAUAAGAAAAAUAUGCGAGGUAGAAAGAGUGAUAUGGCAGUAAAUGAAGAAAUCAAAGAACAUACUAUAAAUAAUGAUAAAAAAGAAGAAUCCAAAGAAGAUGGACAUAAGACCAGUGAUAAAAAGAAGACUAGAAGUAGAAAAGGUGAUGUGGCACAAACUGAAGAAGACAAAGAAGAAAAAUCAACUGAGAAAAAUGAAGAUUCAAAAAAGGAUACUGAAAAGGUUAGUGAAAAGAAGAAAAGAGGUAUAAAAAGUGAUGUGGCACCAAAUGAAGAAAAUAAAGAACACCGAUCAACUGAUGUAUCAGCAAAAAAAGAUGAUAAAAAGGAAGAAUCCAGUGAAAAGAAGAAAAAAAGUAUAAGAAGUGAUGUGGAACCAAAUGAAGAAAAUAAAGAACACCAAAUAACUGAUGUAUCAGCAAGAAAGGAUGAUAAAAAGGAAGGAUCCAAAGCUAAAGAAUCUACUACUACUACUACUAAGAAAAUAAGUGAAAAGAAGAAAAGAGGUAUAAAAAGUGAUGUGGCACCAAAUGAAGAAAAUAAAGAAGACCAAUCAACUGAUGUAUCAGCAAAGAAGGGUGAUAAUAAGGAAGAUGAAGAAUCUAAAGAGGAGACUGAGAAGAUAAGUGAAAAGAAGAAAAGUGAUGUGGCGCCAAAUGAAGAAAAUAAAGAACAGCAAUCAACAAAAAUGGAAGAAUCCAAAGAAGAUGAAGAUAAGUCCAGUGAUGUGACACAAAUUGAAGAAAACAAAGAAAAAUCAUCAGCUGAGAAUUAUGAGGACAAGAAAGCAUCCAAAGAGGAUAUAGAUAAGACCAAUAAAAAGAAGAAACGAGGUAAAAAGAACAAAGUGGUUCCAAAUGAAGAAAACAAAGAACAUGGACCAGCUGAUGUAUCAACCAAAAGCGAUGAUAAAAAAGAAGAAUUAAAAAAAGAUGAUGAUUCCAGUGAAACAAAGGAUAUAGAAGGUUUAAAAACUGAAGAAAACAAAGAACAAACUAAAAAUGAAGAACUCAAAGAAGAUGAAAGUAAAUCUAGCAAUGAGAAGAACAUUAGCGGUAUAAAAAGUGAUGUGGCACAAGCUGAAGAAACCAGAGAAGAAAAAUCAACUGAGAAGAAGGAAGAAUCUAAAGAGGGGACUGAUAAUACCUCUGAAAAGAAGAAAAAAAGCAAGAAACGGAGGUCGCGAAGUAAAAAAAACAAAGAAGAAAAAUCAACAAAAAAGGCUGACAAAAAAGAAGAAUCUAAAGGAGAUGAAAUUAAGUCAAGUGAAGAAAAAACUGAACAAAGUGAUGUAUCCCCCAGAGUGGAAGAAGAACCACAUAGAACUUCAAGAAGUCGCAGCAGAAUGUCUGAAGAAAUCAGAGAAUCUGAAACUACCACCAACGGAGGUCAAUUGAAGAUAGAAUAUCGAUCUAGGAGAAGGAGUAAGGAACCAGUAGAAGAUAAGACUGAAGAAAUAAAUAAAGAAACGCCAUUGGAAAACGACAGUGAUGUUAUACAAUCAACUGAAUUGCCCGAGGUUGCGUUACCAGUAUCAUUACCAGUAUCAUUGCCAAGACUGACUAGAAGAAGCAAGGGAAAGGAUUUGGAGGAUUUAGCCAAAAUAGGUGUAGUGGCUCCUAACAACCAGAUUAAUAAUUCUCCGACUAAAGUUGUUGCUAGUACCUCCGUACUUCCCGACAAAGGUGAUGUUACUCCCACAAAAAGAGGUAGAGGGAGACCGAGGCAGACCAAGGCUUUGGAAUCUAAACAAGGUUUAACAGCGGCAGAAACAAAUGUUAAGGAAUUAAUUAAAGAUCCUACCGCACCAGAAAUUUUUGAAGAUUUAAAACCAAACCCUGAAGAUCUGAAACCCAACCUUGAAGAUCCUAAAACAGAGGAGACCAAGUUGAUUGGGGCCAAAAAAUCGAGGAGGCGGUCAAAGAGGAAAAGCGAUGUCGCAGCAAGUAAUCAGGAAAGCGAUAGUUCCGAUUCUUCGAUAAAUAAACAAAUGCGGAAAUCUAUGGAUCCGCCUGUCAAUGAUAAGUCUCAGUUAUCGUUGAACAAUAUUUGCGAUCGAAAGAUGCGGGCCAGGAACAGGAAAGGCGUAUCUCCGAAUGAGGAAAACAAAGACACGGCUAAUAAAGCAAAGGAUUUAACGGUAUCUUUGGAGAAGUUCAAUAUGCCUGCACAAGAAGAAACAGAAGAUAUAAUAGAAAGUUCGCAAGAUACCACUGUCAGCAUAACCCCAAUAAGUUCUCCCAAAAAACUGAGCAGAACCUCCAUAAGUCCAGUUACGAGAUCCUACAACAGCGACGGAUCUGGAGAUACAGUCACGCCAUCAGAAGCCGAUUCCACCGAUUCAAAUUUGAGGAAAAUGGUCAUAAAGGAUGUUAUGAAGCUGGAUUUACCUGAGAGACCAACUUUGACUGAUUCCGAGCAGUUUGUGAGUCAAAUGGAUACGGUUACGUUGCUCUCGGAUCAACUGGUUUUCCAGACGUCGUCCAAAAACUUAUCCGAAGAAAAAACUGUCAUUAAUGACGAUUUAACAUCGUCUCCUUUAAGAGACUCUGAGGAUAACUUACCCAGCACUCCUGUAUCGGCAAAGUUGACCAUCCCGACUUCUCCCGUGACCGGAGACACUCCAAUCAAAACCAAAGAACUUCUGGACGAUACUUUGGACAUCUCCCCGAUCAGCAGCCAAAAUGAACAGGACCUAGACGAAGAAAUCGAACCGGUAUCUUCGUACAAGCGACUGCUACUCAAGAAAACCGAUCCGAUGAUGUCUCCGUCCAGCUCCAAAAUGAUGAAGAUGUUGCCGUUCGCCACCAAGGGCGUCAACUUGCAGGAGGAGUUCGAUAAGGAAGACUUGGAGGAUGUUUACAGGUUCACCAGGCCCGUUCCCAGCCCCCUUGCCGUCCCCAAAAGUGGGAUAUUGAAAAGAAAGAUCUCCGACGUGACGGAUGAUGAGAGUUUACCUUGCGCUAAGAAGAAAAAAGUCCUGUUCAGCGAAUCAUCCACCUCCUCAAAUAAUUUAAUAUCCGACUGUUUGGAUUCGGAUUACACCUACUCGCACAUGGAUACGGAUACAGCGGAGUCGGAAUCCAGCCUUCAGCAAUUAAAUGAUUUUCUCUUGGACAACACAAAACCCAUUUAUCCAAAUUUAGUUAACUGCGAGGAUGAUGUAUUAAAGGUUCUAAAGACCAUGACAAACCCCAUGGUGGCCGGCGUUUGGCAGAAAGAAAUUGAAGAAAGUUAUGAAGUCAAAACUGUGGGUAAUUUGGCCUCCAAAACAGAGACAGAGGUUAAUAAGUUGCCUUUUAAGUCUCCUGUGGUUUCCAAUGUCUACAAGGCGCUCAAUAGCUAUUAUUUCAGAAAGAUUGUCAACAUGGAGGAUAGCUAUGAACAGAUUAAAGAGCUAUUUAAUAUCGCUGAGGAUAAGGUAAAAAUUGCGAGUUUUAUUUUGAGUUCCCUUCCAAAACACGACGUUCAAGCGGCACUUGACAAUUGCAAUAUUCAAACCAACGAUAUAAAAGAUUUCAUACAAAAAAAUGGUAAAGAUAAAGUUUUGGAAGUUAUGCGCGAAUUAUACCCAGAAACAAACAUUAGUACUAGUAGUAAUACAAGUACCAAGAUUACAAAUGAAAACACACUGGCCCAAGAGUUGGCGUUAAAAAGUACAAAACAACUCCUGGACUUUCAGGAAAACAUCUUCAGCAAUAUGUCUGAAAGAAGAAAACAUGAUACAUACGUCAAAAUCUUCAAAUUUCUAUCGGAUAAAAUUCCGGAACACAGGCUUCUUGAGUUGCACAUCGACUUCUUAAAAACGAUCCAGAUGAAAAAACCGUAGAUUAUUAAGAAACUAUUUAAUGAAUUUUAAUAUUAUUACUUAAAUAAUAAUAAAUGUGUAACUAAAUAUGUAGACUGUUUAGGGUAGCUUAACAAGAGGAUUUACUUUGGUUUUUACUACUAAAAAAGCGUAAGUGUUUUAUUGUAAAUAUACUGUGAUAUUCACAUCAUAAAUAAAGUGUUUUAUAAUUA